GGGAGUGUUCACGCCCUCACUCCGUAGCUUCUGGAUUCCGUUUCCACGGUUACGACGGCGCGAGGCAGGGUCCCAGCUGCUCUCGCUUUUUAUCCUCGAGUCACCGACAUGCAGCUGUUUGUCCGCUCCCGGGAGCUGCACACUCUUGAAGUGAGCGGCCUGGAGACAGUUGCCCAGAUCAAGGCCCAUGUGGCCUCCCUGGAGGGCCUCACCCCCGAAGAUAAGGUCGUGCUUCUGGCAGGUUCACCCCUACAGGAUGAAGCCACCCUGGGUCAGUGUGGAGUAGAAGCCCUGACGACCCUGGAAGUGGUUGGCCGCAUGCUAGAAGUGGGAAAACGAAAGAUGGAUCGAGAGCGUCGCGU